CCUUUGCACUGCACACCAGCAAGAGGAGGAAACUGCAGCUGUGACUUAAAACGCUGCCUAUUGAUGACCUGUUUUGCAUUUGGACACUUGUAGACCAGAUUCUUUUCCUGGUGCUUCAUUGAAGGGUGGACGAACCUGUGGACUCAAAGGGACAGUGGGACUCACCUGAACAAAGUGUUGGAUAAUCCUGCCGGCAAGUGUUCCUUCCAGCAUAACAAAAACUACUUCUUAUUACCAUUACACUCGUCAGCCAAGCAGAUCAAAAGCAAGCUCCAAUUUCUGCUCUGUGAAACUGAAUCAGAGGAACAGAGUGGCAAUACAGCAAAGGCAUUGUGCCCGUGCAGUAGAAACACUAACCAGCUGAAAAUAUCAAAGCCCAUCCUGGACAAAGCUUUCGUCUCAGACCUCCUUUGUUGGUCUGAACUCUGCUGUUGAAGUGAGAAAAAGCUACACCACACUUAGAGGUGAGGAGAAGCAAAGAGGACCAUACAAAAGGGCAAAGGAUUGUGUGCAGGUGCCGGGGCUGCCAUGGUGCAAGGACGUGGCGUGGCAGUUGCCCCGUCCUGCUGGGGCCUUUGGGCAUUGGGCACCCUGUCGCUGGCGGCGCUGUGCUUGUCUGACACGGCUAUCCGCUGCCCGGUGUGCUCUGAUGAAAGGCUAGCUGCCUGUCGUCUACCAGAGGGCUGUGAAGAGACAGUGAGGGAGCCCGGCUGUGGCUGCUGCCCCACCUGCGCCCUGCCCAAAGGGGCUCACUGCGGCGUCUACUCUCCAAGAUGUGGAACGGGCCUCCGCUGCUACCCACCGCGUGGCGUAGAGAGGCCACUACACUCGCUGAUGCACGGCCAGGGGGUGUGCAUGGAUGAGAGGGAGGUGGAGGAGAACUCAGCAAUGGAGAGGCAGGAUGAGAUCAUCCCCGAGCACCCAAACAACAGCAAUAUCCGGUGCAGUCCACAGGACAAGCGCUGCAUACAGAAGACCCUCGCACGCCACCCUCCGAAAUCCACAAAUCAGAGGAGCAAUACAGCCAGGGAGGAGACCAAGGCGGCACUGGCUCCAUGUCGUGCUGAGCUACAGAGGGCAUUGGACAGAUUGGCAUCAAACAGCCGCACACAUGAUGAUCUCUUCACAAUCCCCAUUCCCAACUGUGACAAGAAUGGAGAUUUCCAUCCAAAACAGUGUCAUCCUGCACGGGACGGCCAGCGUGGAAAGUGCUGGUGUGUGGACCAGAAGACGGGCUUGAGGCUGCCAGGCCCGCUGGAGCUUCGAGGGGAACUGGACUGCCACCAGUUAAUGACUGCUACACUGAGGGAUUGAGGAGUGAAGAGUGGAGAGGAGGUGCAGGACCAGCUUAACUCUACUGGUGCUUAUUAGUAGAACUACAUGCGGAAAGGACUUCGCUCUAAAGCCUCGACUCACCUGAGGCCAGUGGUACUAGAGCUUGUGCAACAAAAAGGAAACCAUUGAUUUGAGUUCUUUUGCCAUUAUGUUUCUGUGUGUGAGAGUAUGUGAUCUCUGAGUCUUUUGAGCACUUGUUGUGUAUUGUUUCGACCAUAUGAACUUAAGACUGGCGCUUUGAAGUAACAGGUGGCAGACAAAGAUCUUCCACAGUGGUAGUUGUGAUCUUUGUUAGAGAGCAAAUGUGUUGUUUUCUCUAGUCUAAUUUCAGUAUUGUUGAAAUGAAAAAAAAAAAACAAAAAAAAAAAACAAAACAUAAUUCUCACCAGAUAAUCAAGACCUGAGAUACAACAGGAGCCGUAAGCAUUUGCUUUAGCUGUUUCUGGAGCACUAUUGAUUGUUUUGUAAUAACAGCAUCAGGACAAUCCAGACAGAUUAAUCAUUAAAGGGUUGUGUACUAGCUUUUCACAAAAUGUGUGUAAUUGGUUUAAAUGUGUGGGUCUUAUUGUACUGCCAGGUAUGUAUAAACCCUACCCAUGAGGUUAGUAGGUUUAAACAAACCACAAAAUGUGUAUGCAAACAUAAAGAGUAGUGGCAUGUGGGUAGCAAUAAAAGAUCAAGAGAAAAAAAAUAAAGAAUGAGGGGUGACUAAUAAAAAAGACAAAAUCUGCAAUGAGUCCCCAAAUCAUAAACAUUUCACAACAUCAUGAGCAAAAAAGAAGAGAGGAAUGUUUGCAACAUUAGAAUAGAUUUUCUUCAUCACCCGUGGUAUACUCUGCAUCCUCUCCUCUCUCUCUCUCGAGCAUUGUGUACUGGCAGUGUAGCUGGGCCAGAACCUCUGUACAAUGCAGAUAGGGUAAUCUUAUUUCGCCAGCUGGUGCAAAGAUGCCAAUGUGGCUCUUGUGUUUGUAUGAAUAUUCUCAAUCCUACAGGAUUUCUUUCCAAACCGACUGUUCUGCAAAACUUUGGAGGUGCUAUAUACUCAUUGUGCCAAAAUAUGUAACAAAACAAAAGAUGGCUCCUGCACUUUUUGGGCAUUGUUUAGGAGAAGAGAUGAAUAUUUUUCAAGGAAAGGAAAUGAGCAAUUGACAUCAGCAAGUUAGGGUCACAUAUAUGUGUGAUCAUCUCCAAAGCUACUGAGAAUGGCGUUUCAUGUGUGGCUCUAAUUUUGUUGUUUAAAUAUUCAGCUAAAACCCUGCAUUGUCUUUGCAUUGCAACUACUUUGGACUGGAAAAUAUUCUGUUUACCAGUAAAAUUUAGGUUUAAUACAUUUGAAAUACACAAGCAGAGAGUGAAGCAAUCAUUUGUGAUGACUGGGCUUAAGUUGAGCUUAACAUAAAGAAAGAUAGUACGGUGGUUAAAAAAAAGUAAGACUUUCCUCUGUUAACCUGAAAAUGCUGGUUCUCAUUUAAUCCAAUGUAGGCCAUCAAGCUAAUAAUUAAGGAGUGUUCAAUCAGGGCAAGAAACACAGAAAAUAUUUUAUAUACUGUUACUGUAGGAAAUGCUGGCAUUAUUCUCAAAGCAAUUUGAUUGUACUGGUGUUGUGAUUUAUGAUUUCAGGGCAGAGUAGCCGGUUUAAGCUAACACUGGUGUGUGUCACAACCACAGCCUGCUUUAUUUGUCCCAUGAAAGCUUUUUCUAUCACUGACUUAUUUUUGGUUCUCUAGUGGAGAACAAUAAAGAGACUUUAAACUUUUGCAAAGAGUCAAGAUAUUCUCGUAGAAAAUAACAUCUAAGGUAAACUCAAUAGGGAUGCAUGGUUUUGGAUUUUGCUGAUUUCUGACAUGCUGAUAUUUUCAAACUCAUUUUAGUUCUUACCUAUAUGUGCACAUCUUUUAUACUGUCAAGACCACCAUGUGUCUCCAGUGCAAAGAUAGGCUGAGUCGAGCAAAGCUGAGAAAAGAGCAGGGGAGUAUUCAGUCAGGUAGUUGUUUUACAUUUAGGGCUUUAUUCAACCACCUAUACUUGAUGGUACAGUUGUACAUUUUGCCAGUGUUUAAGGCCAAUAAAAUAAUUUCUACUGCCAAUAUGUCAGGCCAAUAUAUUGUCCAUAAAUUUCGGCAGAAAUGUUCAUAUCUGCCAAUGCCCUAUUUGACCUUUUAAGCUAAUAUCUACUGAUACUGAUAUCAUGCCAAUAAUUUUAUGCACCCUUAAAACUUACAUUAUUUGGGGUGUGUAGAUUAUAAAGUAGUUAUAUCAGAUGUAUUGACCAUUGAAAAUAAAAAGAUGAAUAUGCAUUUGACCUCAAAGUUAAUAAUGCUUUAAAUAUGAUUAUUGGAGUACAAAAAGGUGUUCAAUCUUCUCUAAAUAAAAACAGAAAAGUGCCAUAAAAACAAUCACUCAAAAUUCCCCAUAUUUAAUUUGGUUUGAUUUUUUUCUAAGUGUCUUAAAACAUAAAAAUUCUAGUUCUAGUACACCAACUGAACGUAAAAGUAGGCGUAGUUUCUUGGAUUUAAGCGAGUAGAGCCAAUGAACCUAAAAUCUGCAUUUUCUCUCAUGGGCAAAAAGGGACAAAGGAACGCCAUAAAAAAUAAUCUAGAUUAUAAAAUUAAGCCAUUUCUUAACUCUCCAGUCUUCUUUUAAUCCUACAGCUAUAGAAAUAUUGUAAGUGUGGGGAGAAAGAGUGAAAAUAACAUGCAUUAAACAGUGUCAGGACCAGGACUCAAACCCGCGACCAGUAGGAAUGACAUGGACCUUAGCCUCUGUACAUAAGGUGCCUGCUCUACCAGCUGGGUUAGAACAGCACCCAGACCCACUUAUCCUUUAAAUCAAAUCAUAAACAUUAAACUCAUUAGUUUAUGGUGUCUUUAUGGUGUACAUGACUACAUUAAAGACUUCUACAAUAGUAUAAUAAAUGCAUCGUUUGUCAAUAAUGUCUUUUCUUUUGGGGUAUAUAGUACAGCAGGGUAAAGUCCAGGGAAUUACUAACUGGGACUGACAGUAGUAAGGCUUAUCUGUACUUCCUAGAAAAACAGCCACUUCUGUCUUUAAAAAACAUGACUGCAACAGCCAAAGGUGUUCCAAAUUCAAUGGCAGAUACCUUGGUGGUUACGUACACUUCUCAUAUACCGUCUACUGGAAAGUCAAAUGGUCUUCUUGCACAGUGGCUCUCAUUUGUUUAUUGUGCAAGCUAAACCAUACAGUCUUCGGCAGGGAAACGCUGAUGCCCUUUCAUGGUAAUACCAACCCUGCUAACGGAGGAAAGAUGAUAUGGGCCAGCUCACAGCAUGAAUCUGAAUAAAAAUACUCAAAGUAUGAGGAAGAGAGAGAAUUUAAAGAGUCCUCCUUUUUUCUAUUUUUGCACAUAAAAUCUUGGAUUUUGUUUUUUAAGGGAAGUUUUUUUUAUAUAUAUAAUUUUGCUACUUACUUAUUAGACUCAAAUAAUAAAAAACAGCCUUGUUUUACAGUUAGGUUAUAAUGUAAGUAGUAUAAUUAAACUGCUGAAGCCAAGGGUCAAUUUAUAAACUUUGAUUACUCAUAAUAUGAUGGCUAAUCCUUAUUGUAAUUCAAAAGGAAAUUAUUCCAAAAGGUUUUUACUAAAACACAGAAGGAUGGUGAGAGAAUGACAUUGUUAGAAACUCAGUGCUAGAGCUAAGAGGCCAAAUAUCCUAAAAAGAGUUCCAAAGACUAAUGACUUGGACAUUUUAGAGCUAAUUCAGUGAACCGUAUAAACAUGAAAUGUUUCAGCAAAAUCUCAUCUAAUCAUUUAUUAAUGGCGUGUUUAAAUAAAGAUUUUUUUUCUGUCAUAUAAUUUUACCUUUAAAAGGAGAUGGUGAAGGGAUUGGCUUUGAUUUUGUAAAGGCCUUCUAACUACAUAAACUGUGUAUUUAAGACAUAGUGCAUUGCUUGAUCUCUAACUUUGCUGUACUUAACUGUAAUUGCAUUUCUAGGAAAAAGACUGUUCCUUUUUGCUUUUGAUAUUACAUAUUAAUGUAUAGAAGAUAUGAAGUAAUUUUUGCAUGCAUACAAACUGACUGGGGCUGGAAAUAUUUGAGGUCUUGUGUAUCUGUCCAGUACAGGACCAUUAUACUCGAACACUGAGGUGAUCAAAGAACUGAAAUAUAGAGUUUUACACUUAAAUGAUCAGUUACAUUGUAAAUGUUUUCCCUUACAAAAUGUACACAUUGUAAUACAACAAUUAAAACACUUUAGAAAUUA